AUGGAACAUCAGUACAAACUACCAACAGCAGCUGAUACGUUAGCAUUCUAUAACCUAGUUCGGCGUAUAGCGUAUUCAUUACUGCAAGUAACAAAUGAGCAGUUGUCGUCAAUUGACUUCUCUUAUUUCGUGUCAAAAAUACCGUUACUUGAAGUUGAUAAGGAGCCGUUGACGGAUUUUGAUAAUAUCCAAAUUGUGGGUAAUAUUGUACGGGUUAUUUGUCGAUUCACUGAUGAUGGUUUUCAGUGUUUCAGUUCUUGA